AUGGUUGACAAAAUGAGUAUGUCCCUGGACGACAUUAUCAAGCUUAACAACAAAGGAAGCCGAAGCGGAGGUUCGAGUGAACGCUCAGGUUUCGCCGGUGGAUCCUCCAAAUCGGCGCGGAGUCGACCGAAUCAUUUCAACCGUGAGAGAGUCAACAGGCCCACGCCUUACACCAGACCCAGAGAGUUGCCAGACAAAUGGCAGCAUGACAUGUUUGAACAGCAUUCCGGCGAACACAGAGGACAGAGCUCUGGAUCAGACCGAAUUGCGGAAAAUAGUGCGAAGCUGCUAAUUUCCAAUCUGGAUUUUGGAGUAUCUGACUCUGACAUCAAAGAACUGUUUGAAGACUUUGGGCCUCUGAGGAAAGCCUCGAUUCACUACGACAGGUCUGGUCGCAGUAAAGGAAGUGCUGAUAUCUUCUUUGAAAAAACAGCAGAUGCAGUAAAAGCCAUGAAACACUAUAAUGGAGUCCCUCUUGAUGGUCGUCCUAUGAAAAUCGUACAAGUGACGUCAGACGCCGACUCGCAAAGUAGACAGUCGUCACAGAGUUCUAACAGAGGCUUUGACAGAAGCAGGCUGGGUCAGCCCACGUUCGAAAGGGGCGACAGGAGUAAAAGAAGUGAAUGGGGCGAUUGGAGGCGAGGUGGCAGCAGCGGCGGCUCGAGAGGUUGGGGAAGCGGACGAGGUAGAGGAAGAGGAAACAGACCCCAGCUGUCAGCUGCAGAGUUGGAUGCCCAGUUAGAUGCUUACAAUGCUAUGGCAAACAACAAUUAG